AUGCGACAGUCGUCCGGAAAAGUCAAGACUGGCCAACUCUGGUCCAAGAACAAGGCGGAUCUCGCAAAGCAACUCGGCGAGUUGAAGACGGAGCUGGGUCAAUUACGAGUACAGAAGAUUGCCGGAGGAUCAGCGUCGAAACUCACAAAGAUCCACGAUCUCCGAAAGUCAAUCGCAAAGGUCCUGACCGUCAUCAACGCCAACCAGCGCGCACAGCUCCGCCUCUUCUACAAGGGCAAGAAGUACCUCCCCCUCGAUCUCCGACCCAAGCAGACUCGCGCCAUCCGAAGACGUCUGAGCAAGCACGAGAGCGGCAAGACCCUGGAUAAGACGAAGAAGCGUGCGAUUCAUUUCCCUCAGCGGAAGUUUGCUAUCAAGGUAUGA